CGUGACAAGGGCUGAAGUUUGCGCCAGCUCAGGUUCCGGCAUCACGAACCAUUGAAAAUCCUCGCUCUGACGUUCAUGGUGCUCGCCAAACCCUCCCGCACCCACUCCCGUCUUUCCUUUUUUUCUAUACGUGCUGGGCGACAACCCCUUGAGAUAGGCCACGAUGGUCCUCAAGCAGCGCGACCCGAGCGUGGAGCGGACUGAAGAGUAUGAGGAGUUUAUCAAGGACUUGGAACAAUAUCAUGCAAAGCGCGGCACCGUGUUCGAUCCGCAGCCCAAGGUUGGACCGCGACAUGUGGACCUGCUCAAGCUGUACAAGAAGGUGCUGGAAGAGGGUGGCUACGAUCGUGUCUCUGAUACAAAGAACAACAAACUGGCCUGGCGCAAGAUAGCACAAGACUUUAUGCCACACAAUGUGAACAUCGUGCAGAUGGCUUUUCUGCUCAAGACGGCGUACUACAAGAAUCUGGCGGCCUACGAAAUAUCUACAUACUGGAAGGAAACGCCUCCACCGAAAGAGAUCCUGGAAGACAUAUCAGCAAGAGGAGGCGACCUGCGGACACGAACCCUAGAAAACUACACGCCACGCGUUCCUCGCGAACAGGAGAAUUUGGCCAACGGAGAGAAAUCAGACGGUUCUGAUGACGAGACCAAGACUCCUAAAGUCGAUAAGAUGGAAAUUGACGACCCAGGGAGUCAAAGUGGUCGUGCGACGCGAGGUUUACGACAGGCUCCACCCCAAAGAGUUCUCUUCGGUCAACAAGCAGACUUGAGUCAGGGACGCACAACUCGCACCGCACUCCAUCAAACGAACAGUCCCACUCCAGGCGUAAACGGUUCAUAUGGUUCAAGUGGCGCUGCAAUGACCAUCUCAAAUUACGAACCUCGUACAGUUAUGCCCGCUACUGUUAAACCGGCUUGGACGCCUGCCAGCCAACCUCAGCACUUUCGCGAUCUGGCCCGACGGAUGCUGGCGCAGCGAAGAAGUUCACGGCCACAAGGACACAUCCGUGGCACGCCCAUGCUUCCAGGCACCGGUUUUACUGGGGCGAAUAUCUAUCUCCGCGCGCUCUUUGCGCUUCAGUCAGGAGAACCUGCAGAAAUACGCUAUGCGCUCCAUCAUUUGGUCAAAAUAUCUCAUGAACGAGGUGAUAAAUACUUGUUUGAGCAGUUCGUCGGUUUAGCUGAAGCGCUUCUCGAGCAAAUUCUCAAGGUCAGCAGUCUCUGUUAUGAUAUCAAUUGGAGGAUAUCAUAUGAAGAUGAGCCACCAACUGAGAAUGAUGUCCUCAACGCGCUCAACGGCACUCCGAAUAUUAUGCAAAAGCUAGCUGCCUUACAACCACUGCCCAUUGUCGAUGGUUUACAGCCGGAAGACUUUGCGAUGACCCUCAGCAAUGUGAAUGAGGCAGGUCUAGUACUGCGAAAUAUGGUCAUGCUGGAGCAGAACGCCGCAUAUAUCGUCCGUCGGCCACUCUUGCGAGAUUUGCUUGUGAUUAUUCUCAAUCUACCUGAACGUCCAGCUUUGACUGAACUACGUCAUUAUGCUCUUGACAUUGCAGAACAGAUCACCAAAUACUUUGCAUUGCAAUCGAACGACCCCCUAUAUACGUCGUUGCUAGCUCAACUCAAAUCGGACGACAGGGGCGCAAUCAUUACAGCACUUCGCGCUCUCAGCCGAAUAGCCAUGAACUUUGAGACGAUACCUAAUAGGUUGGCAGAUGUACCUGUGAAUAUCCUUCAGAGAGUGUUUGAGUGGCUGCUCGUUGAUGACGAGGAACUGCGAAGCUCUUGCUUGGACUUCCUGUAUCAAUACACCGCAAUUACGGAAAACGUGGAGUAUAUGCUGAAGAAUUUGGAUAUGGAGGGUCUUGUCGGUCAACUUGUACGGCUGCUCAUGUACGGUGCGCAAGUGCAGAAAGAAAAGGAGGAGAGGAGAACAGUCAGCUCAACAACUCCUGACACAGCCAGCACACCACCAAAACUCUCGCCAAAGAUUAUUGAAACACUGAUCGCUACGAUACCGGACGAGAGGGAGUUGAGCAGUGCUUGGUUGCGCACAUGCUUUGAGGAAGAUCCUCAGGGCGAGAUUACGCAACUCGCGCUUUGGUCAGCUUACAAUGAAGCCUUUGCACAAGCUAAACUCACGCGACCGCUCAUGCAAGCUAAAGAUUUCAUCACAAACGUGUCGAGCACAUUCACAAAUGCACAAGCCCAGGUUGUAUACCCAGACCAGGAUCGCACUAAGCCAAAGUACACAAUUCGUGGUGUGAGACCGCGAUCCGUACCAGUUGAUUUACGAGGCAGACCAUAUCUUAAGUGCUUGUGGCGAACACCUGCGCCAACGACAAAUGGUUUCACUCCAGGACAAACCAAGCCUAGGGAUAGCGAAUGCGAUUUCUCGGUACUAAAGGCGGACGAGAUGUGGGAGCAUGUCAUGAACGUCCAUUUCAAUAUGCACAAAGACAAGGAGACGGGCAGAUUUGUUCUCGCGAACAGCAACGGUAAACAAGAGACCAAUGGUGACGUUAUCAUGGGCGAGGCAGACAGCCCUGCUCCGGUUGUGGCCAAGGUCUGGAGCUGUCAUUGGGGUGGUUGCAAGAAGAUGCGCGACUCAUCGGAUCUCAAUGCCGUCGUUAAACACGUGAUCACUCACCUUCCGGACACGAGUUUGCAAGCGCCCAUCCAUAAAGUGCAUAAUGUCUCACCCGAACGUGUAGAGAUCCCCUCAUCCAAAGUACCAUAUCAAUGGAUAGUUACUGCGACAGACGAACGCGGCGAUGCCGCUGGUCUGCCGCUUGCGGCGAUCCUAGUUCUCAGAAACCUGGCUAGGCAGAUGGGCAAGGUUGAUGAGGCAGAGAAAGUUGGAGGCGGGCGCCAGCAUAAAUGGGUUGAAAAGUGCUUCGGCCCUGUGCGAGAGCGCAUAGCCUGGGUUGGCGCUUGGAACCGCAGUUUAAGAGAUCUCAUGCCGCCGCUAGAAUUUCUAGUGGAGAAAGGCCUGGGGUUGCCUACGUUGCCACCGUUGAACAACGCGGACAUGGAUCUUCACUGAGCUUCUUCUUCGCAUCUGGGACUUCAAGGUGGGGAAAGUUGGGCACGCACCGUCUCGGCCUUCUUUGUUUGCAUUGGCGUGGUGUUUUGGAGACGCUAUAGUGGUCAUUUGCCGUCUUUAUGUGGGAAGUAUGAUAGCGCCUGUAUUAUCUUGUUCGCGCAGCUAUAAAUCUCAUGGUAGACUUUCGA